AUGGGAAAACGCGGUAGAAAAGCUGUAAAAACAGAUUCAAACACAAAAUUAGAAAAAAGUCGACAGAGUGCAAGAGAAUGUCGUCAUCGUAAAAAGUUACGUUAUGAAUAUUUGGAAGAAUUGGUUUCAGAUCGUGAGAAAGCGAUUUAUUUAUUACAACGUGAACUUCAACAGGUUCGUACAAUUUGUCAACAAUUGGAUAAAGGUGAAAUGACAGAUGAUAUUCGAAAAGAAUUAAAUAAAUGGGAAGAAGAUCCCGAAUUGAUUAAAUAA